GGCCUUACUGUAAUAACGACGUGGACGAAUGUGCGUUAAUACCAAGUGUUUGUAAGAAUGGGGCCACAUGUACAAACACGAUAGGUGGAUAUUCAUGUAUUUGUGUGAACGGAUGGACAGGAACUGACUGUAGUGAAAACAUUGACGACUGCGCUGGCGCAGCCUGUUUCAAUGGCGCCACCUGCCAUGAUCGUGUGGGAUCAUUUUUCUGCCAGUGUGUUCCAGGAAAAACAGGCCUACUGUGCCACCUGGAUGACGCAUGUGCAAGUAACCCGUGCCACACUGGUGCCAUUUGCAACACCGAUCCCACAGACGGAAGUUACCGUUGUUCGUGCCCUAGCGGCUUUCAAGGGAACGACUGUACCGAGGAUGUGAACGAAUGUAAAGAAGGUAAGCCCUGCAGUAACGGGGGAAUAUGUAGUGAUAGGAUCAACAGUUUCAGAUGUCUCUGUCCAAUCGGAUUUUCUGGAAGGAAGUGCGAAUUGAAUGACGACGACUGCCUUAGUCAACCUUGCCGAAAUGGCGCUACCUGUGUUGACGGUAUAGGAAGUUUCGCUUGUAACUGCCCACCAGGUUUUACAGGACCAACUUGUGACACUAAUAUCAAUGACUGUCACUCCUCGCCGUGCCAUCAUGGAGAGUGUGUGGAUGGGAUCAACACUUAUAACUGUAACUGUAACCCUGGCUAUACAGGCUUUCUUUGUCAGACUCAGAUCAACGAGUGUGUCAGUAACCCCUGUCAACAUGACGGUCUUUGCGAGGAUCUUAUCAAUGGUUACCAGUGUCGCUGUCGACCUGGGACGUUUGGACCGGACUGUGAGCAUGAUGUGAAUGAAUGCUUUUCCAAUCCUUGUCGAAAUGGAGCUACCUGUGAAGAUAGAAUUAACUCAUACACUUGUAGAUGUGCUCUCGGUUUUACUGGUGUCCACUGUGAGACCAACAUAGACGAAUGUGCAAGCAGCCCCUGUGCGAAUGGAGGAAAAUGUGUAGAUCUUCCUAACGGAUUUAAGUGUGACUGUCCAAGAGGAUAUUUUGAUGCUCGCUGUCUCUCAGAUGUCAAUGAAUGUGCAAGCAACCCGUGUUUAAAUCAUGGCACGUGUGAAGAUGGAGUCAACAAAUAUUUCUGCCACUGUCCUCCAGGAUAUGGAGGUCAUCGGUGUGAGCUGGACAUAGAUGAAUGCCAGUCCAACCCAUGUCAAUUUGGUGGUAGCUGCCAUGAUGUCCUUGAUGGCUAUUCCUGUAUCUGUCUGCCAGGAUAUAGAGGUCAAAACUGUCAAAUCAAUAUCAAUGACUGUGCUAGCAGUCCCUGUCUCAAUGGAGGGUUUUGUAUUGACUUGGUCAAUGCCUACAAGUGUGUGUGUAAGGCCCCGUACACUGGUCACAAAUGUGAAUCAGAGCUAGACCCAUGCAGUCCAAACAUGUGCAGAAACAAAGCAGUGUGUAGCCCAUCCUCAAACUACUUGGAGUUUUCAUGCACCUGUGAACUUGGUUAUACAGGUAGACUUUGUGACGAAGACAUCAAUGAAUGUAUCAUUUCUUCUCCGUGUCGUAAUGGUGCUACAUGCGUCAACACCAAUGGGUCAUACACGUGUUCAUGUGCUAAAGGUUACGAAGGAAGAGACUGUCUAAUUAACACGGAUGAUUGCGCAUCUUCUCCCUGCCGGAAUGGAGGAACCUGUCUUGAUGGAGUUGGAGAGUAUACAUGCAUCUGCAUCGAUGGAUUUGGGGGGAAGCACUGCGAAACUGACAUCGAUGAAUGUGCCAGCUCUCCCUGCGAGAAUGGAGCCACCUGUAAUGAUUACAUGAACAGCUACACUUGCACUUGUGCUUCCGGGUUCAGUGGGACAAACUGUCAGACUAAUGAUCAGGAUUGUACAAGAAGGUGAGAAUUAACUGGCUGGAGAA